UCACGCAGCCUGGAGCUGUCCCUGCUGUCCACUCACUCUCCCCUCCUCCGUCUUCCCUCCCCCUCCCCCCUUAUCCAUUUCCACCUCCACGUUCUUGUUUCUCCCCUCGAAACCUUUGCCUCAGAGCCGAGUUAGGACUCUGUCAUCCUGGUGCUGCUCCUUCCGGACCGUGCCAUCUUCGUCCUUUGGUGGGAGGCCUACCGGGCUUCUACGCUUGCGAACUCCACCAUGGCGGUCAAAGCCGUGGUGCCGUUCCUGGUGGCCAUGAUGUUGGUGACGGGCGUGUGUAAUACGUUGUUGACAAAGUAUCAGGACAUGCAAUGCGUCUCCAACUGCGCCUCCUCGGACCCCCGCCGCCGCAAGCACUUCGAACAGCCCGUCCUGCAGACCCUCCAAAUGUUCAUCGGUGAAAUGGGCUGCUGGCUCGUCAUCGGCGGCUUCUCCCUCUACCAGCGCGUCAAAUCCCGCCGCACGGGAUAUGAAGCCAUUCCCCCAUCGACUUCGCACUCGGCGGCAGGCAUCAUCACGCCAACGUCCGACGAGAGUUCCACGCCGAGCGUCGUGAAUCCCUUGAAGCCCAUACACCCGGAGCGCAUCCCGCUCACGGGGAUAUCCAUCUUCCUUCUCGCCCUCCCCGCCAUCUGCGACAUCGCGGGGACGACGCUCAUGAACGUGGGCCUCCUCUUCGUCGCGGCGAGUAUCUACCAAAUGACGCGCGGCGCGCUCGUCCUCUUUGUCGGCCUCUUCAGCGUCUGGUUCCUCAAGAGGCAUCUGGGCCUGUACAAAUGGUUCGCGCUCUUCGUCGUCGUCUUCGGCGUCGCGGUGGUAGGGUUGGCAGGGUACGUGACGCAGGACCAUAAAGCGCGGCCGGGCAUCGAGGCCGUUGUAGUGGCUGCGAAGCACUCCCCCGCGAUCUGGACCGUCAUCGGCGUGCUACUCAUCGCGGGCGCGCAGGUCUUCACGGCCACGCAGUUUGUGCUCGAGGAGCGCAUCAUGGAGAAGUACGCCAUGGAGCCCAUCAAGGUGGUGGGGUGGGAGGGCAUCUUCGGGUUCCUGGUCACGGCCGUGGCCAUGGUGGUGCUGCAUUUGGCCAUUGGGACGGGGUAUUUCAAUGCGCGCGAGGGGUUGCGGCAGAUGGUGCAGCAUCGGGCGAUUGCCGUCAGUAGUGUGCUGAUUAUGAUUAGUAUCGGCGGCUUCAACUUCUUCGGCCUGUCCGUCACGCGCUCCGUCUCGGCCACGUCGCGCUCCACCAUUGACACGUGCCGCACCCUCUUCAUCUGGAUCGUCUCGCUCGGCCUUGGCUGGGAGACGUUCAAGUGGCUCCAGGUCCUGGGCUUCGCGCUGCUCGUCUACGGCACCUUUUUGUUCAACGAUAUCGUUAGGCCCCCGCUGAAGGCUUGUUAUGAGCGGGGUAGGGAGGGAGAGACGGAGGAGUUGUUGCCCGAGGAGCCGAUUGAGCAUUUUUAG